AUGUUGAAAAACGACCUCACUCAAAACAUGAAGACAGUAGUCGGCUUAUUACACAAUUUAUCCCAACACUCAAGUCGCGACAUAACAAAACACUUAAAUUCUGUAACUCUAAAACAUUCUUUAUCUGUGCUACACAAACAGACAAACACAUUCUCUGACUCUCCGAUGAACAUCAAAAAAAAAGGCUUGAACUUGACAAAACUUUCGACAUUAAAGGGGUCAAAUAGCCUCAUUGGCUUAAGUCGCUUGGAGUCGGGCGUACAAUUCAUACGUCCCGGGUUCGAACCCCGACUUGGUCAUGAAGUAGAGUGA